AUGCACUCUCCAAAAUAUAGCCCUCUAGAUCAAGGCGCGCCGACUGAUGAAGAGAUCUAUCAGCAACGCCAAGAACCAAGGCGAGAAUUUGGUCCUCACAGAGCAGCGGUUCUUUUCAGAUUGUUGCUAGUGGGCUCAUUAUGCCUGAAUCUAGCUCUUCUUUGCCGUGAUAGUGGUGCAAGAUCGAAAGAGUUUCGACUGCCUGCGUCGAAAUACGUGGGACUCGUAAGGAACGUACCAUUGUCGUUUUCUCACGACGAGCUGUACACUAGCAGUAACAGAGUCGUUGCGGACGCGGCAUGGAACUCCCCCAAACUUCAGUCGUGGAACGGGUUGGUGGCACUACCAGAAGACUACGUUCAGUCACACGGCCUGCCCCCAGCACAAAAAUGGCCUUGGGAUCAAGAGAAAGGCUUAUACAUACUGAAUGGCUUCCACAACUUGCAUUGCUUAGACCUCGUUCGUCGAAGCAUUCUACACGCUUAUGAUGGCAAACCACUGAUGAUACCGCUCGACCACGUUUCUCACUGCCUUAACGUGCUCCGAGAGGAGAUCAUGUGUAAUGCAGAUGAUACACCAAGAUACACGGGUAGCCUCAAUGCAGAAGCUGGGAAAGAACACCCAACCUCGGGAAUUGGGCAGGCCAAGAUGUGCAAUAGCUGGGACAAGCUAUACAACUUUGCUGUUGAAAACUCUGCUUGUUAUAGGCCAGUCAAUACUAGCGACCCGAAUUUUCCUGUCAUCGAAAGAUACAAGUUCUGUCCAGAUGGAAAGGUCCUAUGGCAGUAA